AUGGCCAACUCGACCAACUCCAACUCCAACACGCCGUCCACUCUGGCCUGUACUUUAACCGAUCACGACCGUUCGACUCUCCCCUCCCAUCUCCCACCUUGCGAACCCCCACAUCCCCACCCGCUACCCACGUACUGGUCCGAUAAGUUUACUUCCCCUUUCCAACACCACAACGCCGAAGUGACGACCCUACCGUCUAAAGCGGAGGUAGUGAUCGUAGGUUCGGGAAUGACUGGUCUUUGGGCCUUACUGGGUGUCGUGGAAGGUGUUUUGGAACGACUUCGACGUCCCACUGGUGCCAGGUCGCGGAUAAGACGAAGCGAGGUCGAGGUCGGUAGUAGUAGUAGUACUACUAAUAGAAGCACGUACAAAGUGAUCGUACUAGAAGCGAGAGAUUUCGCUUCCGGUGCGACGACGAGGAAUGGGGGUCAUUUGACUGGAUUGCCUUUGUUGCAUUUCUCGGAUUGGAGAAAGUUGGUUGGGGUUCAAGAUGCGAAGAGGAUGGUUCGACUUGAAGCGAGUUCGAUCGAGUUGAUUAAAGGGUUGUGUAAGAGGGAAGGGUGGGGAGAGGAAGUGGAUUUGGUGGAGGGGGGAAACGUGCAUUUGUUCGAUACGGUCGAGGAGAUGGAGAGUGUGAGGAACAGUUUGGACGAGGCGAGGAGGUGUGGGCUCGAGGUCGGCUCGGAGUACAAGUGGUUGACCGCGGAGGAGGUGCAUGAGGUGGGUUGGAGUCGGAUCAUCUCUGUUUUAAAAGUUGUAAAGACGAGCUGAUAUUAGUGUACGCUCUCCUUUUGUCUUUCUGCGAAUUAUAGCUCUACGGUGCCUCUCCGACCCAUCUCGUCGGCGCCGUUCGUAUCCCAGGCAACACCCUCUACCCUCUCAAAUUCCUUACCAAACUCUACCAACAUUGCCUCGAUCGGAUAAAGGAAGAAGGUGCGGAGGAAGAGGUAGAGGUAGAGCUGUUUACUGGGUGCUGCGUGGAGAGGGUGGAAGAGGGGAGGGGUGAGGGGGAUGUGGGGGUGGGGGUGGGGAAGGCGGGAGGCGGGAGGUGGAGGGUUUUGACCAAAGGGAAGGGAGUGGUGCAGUAGUGUGUACCAUUCCUUGCUCUUAUAUCGCGGGAUCGAAAGUCAUCUCAGAACAGCUUGGCUGAAUAAACACUGGCCUUUUCAUUACAGUGACUACGUCCUUCACUGCACGAACGCCUACGCCUCGUACGUCGUACCCUCACUCGCUCAAGGACCACUCCGCAUCGUUCCGACAAGGGGCCAAGUCGUCUCCGUACUCCCCACCGACCAAGAGCACGGAGCAAGUACAUCAAUUUGGCCCCGAUGGUCCAACUCCUUCUCUUCCCCACAAGGUGGCGAGGAAUACUACUUUCAGCGCCCUUACCCCGACUCCGAUCAACGCGGGACACAGCAGCCGAGGUCGAUCAUUCUGGGGGGCAGUCGUUCCGCUGCGAGCGAGACCGGGUUCGAGUAUGGCUUGAGCGACGAUUCGAGGGUGAAUGAAAAAGUGGGGAUCAGGUUGAGGGCAUAUUUGGGGGAACAAUUUCCUGAACUGUUUGGGGAGGUGGAGGUGCGGAGCGCGUCGAUGUCGACGUCGAAGCGGACAACGACUGCGCAAGGGGCGAAAUUGCGCUUCCCUCACGAAUGGACGGGCAUCAUGGGGUUCACGCAGACGAAUCAACCCAUCGUCGGACCGCUCUAUGCGCGAUCUGUCGUGGAUGGGGAGGUACGACUUUUGAAAGGGCAAUAUAUCAGUGCGGGGUAUUCGGGGCAUGGGAUGCCGAGGGCGCCGGGGUGCGGGAAGUGGAUCGCGGAGAGGGUGAUGAGGGAGAUGGACGAGGAGGACACGGUUCAUGGAAUGGGAGAGGUGGAGGAGGGGUGGGAGCUUGUUGGUGCGGACGCUGAGAAGGAAGAGAGCGGUGGCAGUGGGGGGCACGAGGGGACUUGGGCCGCGAUCGUGCCCAACUCGUGGAAGUUGACGGAGCAGAGGUGGAGGGACCAUUUCAAGGAGAUGGAUGAUGCGAUGCAGCGCUGUGGUUUAGAGGGAAGAGGGCUGAGAGGUGGUCAAAGUAGAUGGUGUUGUGUGCAAUAG